AUGCCUUACGACGCCAGCCAAAUACCUCCGGCAUCGCCAACAUUGAUUUAUCCUGGCUCAGUGCGUUCACACGAUCCUCCCAUCUUCAAUGGUUCCGACGAAUACGACGUAGAAGAUUGGCUGUGGAUAUAUGAGCGCGUGUGGUACCACAACCACGAAUCCGACCUCAGCACCUGGCCAGAUUUCAAGGCGCGCAUUACGCAAGUCUUCGGACGCCUUGAGGUGCGGAAGCUCCGUGACGAAGAGCGCUUGCGCAACCGUUCCCAGCAACCCGGUGAAAACUUCAAGUACAUAGAAGACGUUGUGGACCUUUGCAAGCUCGUCGACCCAUCGAUGAGUGAGUCUGACAAGAUCCGUCACUGUACACCACCAGAUCACCAGCUGGCACGGGACCCUGGCGUACAUCCGACAAUCGCCCCGUGUGCUUCUUCUGUGGAAUCCCUGGUCACGUGGUACGGCAUUGUCUCCGUCGCUUAUGGCUUCAAGGUAAUGACCAACCUGUCCGCUCCUGCGUUUCGCCAGCUUUCGUCCUUCUCGCCACCAAAUGACUCGCACUUGCCGGUAGUAGCUGCCUUGCUGAGCGGCGGCCUCAACACUGCCUUGGCGGUCUUUGUGCUCCUACCAAUCGUUUCAAGAUCUGGCCCUAAAGCACCAAGAGGCUGCCUCAUCGCGAGGACGCCGAACGGUUACGCCAAGGGAAGCCUACUUCAGUUCAAGAUCAACGGCACAUCGUACAACUCCGUCGCCUUCUACGGCAUCCCGUUCGGCGCCUCGACGACCGGAGACGGGCGGUUCGCUGAGCCCCGAUGCGCCCAGCCCUGGCACGACCUGUUCAACGCCACGUACAAACGACCCCCCUGCGCCCAGUCGGACACGCAUUUUGGUCGCACUUACGUCAUCGACGCCUCGAACACCACCGAAGACUGCCUGCACAUCAACGUCUGGGUGCCCGGCAAAUGCGUGACCGACCUGUUGGGCGGCGAAAACCAUCGCGCCGUCGUCUUCUGGCUCUUCGGUGGCUCUUUCGUGGGCGGAGGCAACAGCUACGACUUCUUCGACGGCCGCUUCGUGGCAGGCUUGGGAGACGUGCUCGUCGUCACGCCUAACUACCGGGUGACGUCGUUCGGCUUCCUCAACUCGGGAACGGGCCGUGAAGUUGCGGGCAACAUGGGGCUGUACGACCAGCUUCUGGCGCUCCGCUGGCUUCGGGAAAACGUCCACCGGUUCGGCGGCGACCGCGACCGCAUACUAAUCGCCGGACAGAGCGCCGGCGCCAUCGCGUCCUCCAUGUUGAUGGCGAGCCCGAUAAUGUCGCAGUACGGCCCGUACCGCAGGGCGUUUCUCAUGAGCGGCUCGGCGUACUUUCCGCUGCCCCGGAACGAGGGACCCGAAGCGCGACGGAGCUUCUCGCGCCUGGCCGCCAACGCCGGCUGCCAGUCGGCGCGCGUCGCCGACGCCGUGCACUGCCUCCGAAACCGGAGCGCGCCGGAUAUCUUGAAGGCCACCAAGAAUAUCUCUCUGUUUUUCAUGCCAUCCUUCGAGGCGCCCCUAUUUCCUGGCAAGAUGGACUCUCUCGAGCGGCGGUUCGUAGCGGCCCGAGCGCGGGACACACUGAUCUCCAACGUGGCGAUGGAAGGGCAGGCCUUCUUUGAAAUGCUCUUGCCAGACAUAGCAGGUUAUCGGUGA